UAAUAGGGGCUUAUGCGCUCUCGUGUUGGCCAUUCCAGUUUUUACCAGAGACGGUGAUGGAGCUUUCUGCACCUUUUCCCUCUCACUUUUCUCACAUAUUUUGAUUUCCAGGGUUUCAUUUUGAAAGCUUUUUUUCUAGAUCACAGCUUCUCAAUUCUUUGAGAUAUUAUGAUUUUGGAGAAUUACCAGUGAGGUGACAGAUUCAUGUUUUCUUUUUUACACUCUUUUAGUUGUUUUGCAGGUCCAUACUGUAUAUCAUUUCUUUAACGUCUUAUCAAAUGUUACAGAAUAUUUAGAUAGCAUCCCACUGUUUUUGGAAAGAAUGGGAGACUGAGGCUCAGUGAGAAAAAAGUGACUCCUCUCUCAGUUCACAAAGAUAUCCUGAGCCUGCUCAUUUCUCACUCUUCGUCUUGUCACCCGUGAGGACGCCUGUGAGAAAGACUUCGGUUCUUAAGAUCCUCCAGGUGACUGUUUCAGUCAUUGCACGAGUGCACAACCCUGACGCAUCUGCAGAGGAUCAGACUGCGACAAUGGAAAGCACCUCAAGUUUCAUCAACGACACCGGUGUUUUGAACCAGACCAACCCUCUGAAGCGGAAUGAAGAGGUGGCGAAGGUGGAGGUGACUGUGCUCGCCCUGGUGCUGUUUCUGGCGCUGGCGGGGAACCUGUGCGUCCUGCUGGCCAUCCACACCACCAAACACAGUCAGUCCCGCAUGUAUUACUUCAUGAAGCACCUGAGCAUCGCAGAUCUAGUAGUGGCGAUAUUCCAAGUUCUGCCUCAACUUAUCUGGGACAUCACAUUUCGGUUCUACGGACCGGACAUUUUGUGCAGGUUGGUGAAGUACCUGCAGGUCGUUGGGAUGUUUGCCUCCACUUACAUGUUAGUUCUGAUGUCGGUAGACCGGUGUUUGGCGAUUUGUCAGCCUCUCCGCUCUUUGCACAGGAGAAAAGACCGUUUCUAUGUGAUCAUUUCUUGGAUGCUCAGUCUGCUCUUCAGCGUCCCCCAGAUGUUCAUCUUCUCCCUGAGAGAGGUCGGCUCGGACGGAUCAGGAGUGUACGACUGCUGGGGCGACUUUGUGAAACCUUGGGGCGCCAAAGCUUAUAUCACAUGGAUCAGCCUCACCAUAUAUAUCAUUCCAGUGGCCAUACUGAGCAUUUGUUACGGACUGAUAAGCUUCAAAAUAUGGCAAAACUUUAAAAUGAAAACCAGGCGGGAGCGGUGUAUCAGCCUAACACCCAAAACCUCCAAAGGCAACACGCUGGCCCGAGUGAGCAGCGUGAAGCUCAUCUCCAAGGCGAAGAUAACCACUGUGAAAAUGACUUUUGUCAUCGUCGUGGCUUAUAUCAUCUGUUGGACCCCCUUUUUCUCCGUUCAGAUGUGGUCUGCGUGGGAUCCAGCAGCACCCCGGGAGGCCAUGCCCUUCAUUAUCUCCAUGCUGCUGGCCAGCCUCAACAGCUGCUGUAACCCCUGGAUCUACAUGUGCUUCGCCGGGCAUCUGUUCCAGGAUCUUAGGCAGAACUUUCUGUGCUGUUCCACUCACUACCUCAAGUCAUCCCAGUGCCGCUGUGAGCGUGACUUUGACUCCAGCCACAAGAGCAACUCCUCAACCUUUGCCAUCAAGAGCACGAACAGUCAGAGGAGCCUCACACAGACUUCCACCACGUAAGCACCGGCCCUCCCUCCGCUUUCUCAAGCUGCUCCGUCAGCCUUCACUACAUGCCGUCGCCCAUUAAACAUCCAGCAUUUCGACUCCUUCAAAUACCUCUGGCCCCGAGGCUUGAUGUUCAAGCCAAGAGGGGGGGGGAUCGAACAUCCUAAUUCUUUUCUUUCAGUAUAAAUGGAAUUGUUAAUAGAAAAAUAUUCUACAGAGUAUUAUUAAGGGGUGAUAUGUUAAUGAAUAAAACUUAAAAAUACUCCUGAACCAAGUUGAGUAAUCAACUGAAUCUUUUUUGUAUGUUUAUUUUUACACUUUUGUUGUUUUGGAUGUACAGUCUGUAUUUACGUGUUCACAGUGCAGAAAGUGUAAAUGACAGUAAAUGUAAAAAGAGUAUUUCAGCACUGUCAGCCUUCGCCAACCACACUAUUGAUUCAAUUAUUGUCACCAGCAAAGCUUAAUUGUCUGUAUUAUAGUGAAGUUGUUCCUCUGUUAUAUAUACAUGUACAUUUUAUAUAUACAUAUACAUAUAGUGUGCCAUAUUGUUCACUUUAAUACAUUUGCAAUGGAUUGCAUUCAUGUAAACUGUUACUUGAGCUCUUGUUAGAUGUCAGAUGUCAUGGCUGUCACUGGUAAGUUUAAAACAAUGAAUAAAGAAUGAAAGCAACAAAAAUAGAAAUCCACUGGCGAGUUUAUUAUUUAAGACUAGCUGAAUCUCGCUUGCUUUGUGAAUUCUCUGUCCUGAAAAAAAGGUGACUCUACAUACCGCAGAUAUGUAGCUUCUUGCAUUUUUAAUUUAUUUCCAUACUUGUCUCCAAUGUUCUCUGUUUAUGCACAGCCUGCAGUCCAGCUGAAAAAUCACUGAAUUUUGGUCACCUUAUUGUUGACUGCAUCUAAGUCACCAAUGGCUUCACAGUUGUAGAAAACAUUGCAAAAUAUUUAGUUUUUUACUAAAUCUGUUUGGAACAAGCAAUGGGACGUGUAGAAAAAAAGGGAUUUUCCGACAUAUUAUGAUUUUACACUUAGUUUUGGUUAUUUUUCCUGGUGUAACCACAUGUCAGACAUGGGUAAGUCAAGGGCUAUUGCAAGGUUAAUAAUGUGACAGUUUUUUCUGCCUAUCACCAGUAAAUAUUAAAAAAAAGAUUUUAAAAAAUGAUCAAACAAUGAAAGUAACAACAACAAAGCACUAACACAUUCAUUAUUCAUGAGUAGCUGAUACUCAUUAGAGCUCGUUUUGGCUCCUGAACAGGCCGAGGAAAUUCUCUGGCCUGGACAAAUCCUGAGUCCCAGUCAUUUUUUGGCAGCCCAUUCAGACUUUGAACAUACUGUUCAGGCUCAGCCUUAAAUUGCAUUAUUGUGUUGAGAGUUGGAGACUGCACAGACUACAGGAGGGAACCGCUGUGACUCAUAUUUCUGGAGGUACUUUGAGACAACAGUUGCUGCAUGACAUGACAGCCAAGGUGAACUUUGGCCCUGAAGGCUGAGGCUGUCGUUCUGUCAGCGCUUUUUAGACUCAUGUAAAAUAUUCUACAGAGCAUUACAGCACAGUGACUGUAAUUGCCAGUAAUGAGGAGGGACUUGAGCAAAAGCAGAUACUGUAUAAUUAAAGCAUUUCAACACAGUAUCUCUGGAAGGAAUUCUAUCUUUGUGAUGUUUUGACUGUUUAGUUCGGUUUCACAGUUCAGUUUUAGUCAUGACACUGUCAGACUCUAUUCUUCAGUUCAGCCACACACAAUGUCAGCCAGACAUUUAACUCCGUCUUCCAUUAAAUGAACAAAUGAUCAAAUAUUUAUUGCAUGAUCAUUGUAAUACUACUUGUUAUUGCAUGAAUGUUCAUCUGCACUAUACUUUUGCAGGAAGGAUUUCAUUUUAUUAUCAUUAUUUGAAGUGUAAGAUGAAUUACUGAGGAGUCAAAAACGAUUAUUUAAACAAUGUUUGACUUGAACAACUAUAUUUUUUUUCAGAAUUUUUAUUUCGGAAGACUUUACAUCCCAUGUAGCCUUGAUGCUGAAUGGAUUUAUGAGACAAUCUUGAGUCUAUAUAUCUGGAGAAAUUCUAUAAAACAUGGAUCUUUUAAAGGGCGCCCCUAAAUAAACCACAUCAACAAACUUUGCUAUGAAUUCCAUGACACACAAUUACAAUAAAAUGAAAGAUAAACAUCAAAUACAUUUAUGUGCAUAGUGUUGAUCAUUUGCAAGCAGCAAAAAAAGGAAAAUGAAAUCUGUAUUUAUGGACAACUUCCUCUAUUUUACGAUAGUUGAACUUAUUUGUGCUUAUUCACUGUCUCUGUAUAGUUCUGAGCUCAGCUUAUUCAACAAUGCCAUUAUUAGUUCAUUGCUGCUGAGUCUGAAUUCUUCCUUUUGAGGAUAAACUUGAUCUGCAUUUUUAAUUUGCCUUACAGCUGAUUUAAGCUGGAACAUCAUAAAUAUCACAGAAACAGUAAUUUGCUUGGAAUUAUAAUUCUAAAUAUAUGUGUGUGUGUGUGUGUGUGUGUGUGUGUGUGUGUGUGUGUGUGUGUGUGUGUGUGUGUGUGUGUGUGUGUGUGUGUGUGUGUGUGUGUGUGUGUGUGUCAUUUAUU